UUCCACGCGAAAGAGCUUUCACAAGCUGUUUUUCUCGCUCUUUGAGUCCGCGAUCACCGGUUCAUCACGCGCGCGUGAAUUUUGGUUUAAUAUUGUUUAUAAUAGAAAGUGAAUGACAAUGUCUCUUUUUAACGUGCGACAAUUCUUCAGUACGCUAUAUCAACGUUACAUGUUCUCGUUACCGACGAUACACUUUUCUCGUACGCAAAAGAUUUUUAUCAUCUGCUUUGCUAGUGGUUCAAUACUAUUAGGAGGAUUGGCACAGUUCUUGAAGAGACGACGAAGACACCCUCUUCCACCUUCCAGAAGACUUUUCAGAGAUUACAAAACAAGAUUAGCAAACGCUAAGAACUCCAAUUUUGAUGUACUGUCGCAAGCAUCUUGGGCAAGAAGAAGCGAAGCCAGUACUAGAAGUCAUAUCAGUGAUCGUGCAUCGCUCAUUUCUUCUGUACUAGGAGGUCCAGAUGACGAUGUAAGACUUACUCCGCAGCAAUAUGGCGUUCUUGGACUCGAGGCGUUGGAAAAGGCGCUCUACUGCUGGGAAGACGCGCUCACCGCGUUUAGCUCGACCCUAAGCAACGACACCCUGGCUCUACCGUCGAAAGCCGACGCGGCUUUCACGCACGACGUGCAGGAAUUGCUCGACAUGGGUUAUCAAAUUCAAAGUCACGCAGAACUGCUCUUCCUCGAUCAGCACUCCGUUUUAUUUCGCAAUGAAAGCGAGGAAAGUCUCAAUAAAACUUCGAACAUCGGGACACGGAUGUCUGGCAUCAGGGAUAAAGCCGAUGCCGCAUCAUCGCCCGAAUCGUUUGAAUCUGCACGCGAUGGGGUUGCGGACUUGCGCGAAUUUGAAGAGUUCUCAGAACUCUUCCCACACUUUGAGAAGCAAAAACUGUAUCAUGCUGCUCUUAAACAAUACGAGGACAAAGGUAUUCCUUGCAGGAGAUUGCACACGGAACUUGUAAAAUGUGGCUCAGACGUAGAAUAUUUAGCAAAAGUGUACUGCUUACGUCAGGCUUAUACAAAAUUAUUUAAUUUACCCGCCGCAGCAGCAUUUAUGGCGGAUAUAGGUCGCCAAGUUAUUAGCGAUUUAAUUAUAUAUGCAGAUAGAGAACCUAAAGAUUAUCUGCUGCAUUACGAGCGUAUGUUGGAGUUCUUGCGAGAGCCGUGCAAUCAUAGUAUUAUGGAAGAGGAAUUGAUCGCGCGAGGUGUCAAGUGCAUGAAUUUCUAUGAUGUUCUCAUCGAUUUUAUACUCUUAGACGCAUUCGAGGAUGUGGAGAAACCAUUACCACCUAUUAGAGCUAUAGUUCAAAAUAGAUGGGUGUCUGCCAGUUUUAGAGAAACUGCGAUAGGAACGGCAGUCUGGUCCGCUCUCGCGGGUAAAAGAAGGAUGUUGAAAUACGAUCGAGGCUUCUUGGCGCACUUUUACGCGAUCUCCGAGCAUGUCAUACCAGUCCUCGCUUGGGGAUUCUUAGGCUCCGAAGGCAGUCUACGUUCCACUUGUCAUUACUUUAGGGAUCAAGUGAUCGAGUUUCUUGUAGAUAUAUUUAAUUUCUUUAAGGUACGCUAUACCACUGUUGACGAUCUUGCCGCGGAUAUACUUAGGGAAAUGAAGCUAAGGGUAGACAAUAUAAAUCAAAGAUUGUCGUUAGAAGGUUGCUAGUCGUAUAAAACGUAUACAGACAAUUGUUAGCGCAAUAUAUUAAAUGGAAUUGAUAUAUUGCAAAUUGCGUUGCUUGUAUACGCAAUGAAAAUGGUAUCUCAAAGGUUCAAAAUCUACAUUGUAAAGAAGAAUGUCACAAUGCUAACAACAUUAACGAAAUUAAACCCACGAUCUGAUUAAGAUUGUAGAUGGUGCAAUAUAUUACUGCAUUUUAAUUUUCAUUGCCGCACCCGUCAGUAAUUACACAAAGAGUAAGUACUAUCGUAAACAGCCUAUUUUUGAAGUUAUCUUGUGAAGUAAUGCUGUGCGCAAAAAUAUUGCGCACUCUUAUGUUGCCAUCUAUUUCAUUAAAAAUUUCACAUAUGUAUAUUAAAUUUUAUUAAGUAACUAACAAAGUAAUUGCAUAAGUGUUAGUAGUCUCUGAUAUCAAUUUUUACGAACUAGAAGGAUAGUAAUGUUCAAUAUGGAUUAUACAUGAAUGAACGUCUUAUUUAUAAAACAAACCUUUAUUUAUAAUAUUCAAAGAAUUAGCUCAUCAUGCGCACAAUUAAAUAUGACAUUUAUUUUCAAAUUAUAAGUAGACAUUAUUAAUAAAAUUAUGAUAUAAUUUUUGUAGACAUUUUAUAAAUUGUAUUGUCAUUUCUUGAAAUUAUUAUAUAAUACUAUUUGUUAUUUGUGUUAACAAUGUAGCUUCACUGUUUAUUUUGAUGUAUGUUUCUUUUUUAUAUAUUUUGGGAUAUUCAUAUUUAUAAAAUGUUUAUACAAUGAUAUUUUUGUGAUAUUUUUUGCAUUGUUCAGGGAAUUGUCAUUUUUAUUCUAAUAAAGUCUAAACAUACUGCAGUAUAUAAUAAUUCAUGUGAUAAAUUGUAGAAGCAUUUAAAUGAAAUCACAUAUAAUACAACUAUUCCUUAUGCAGAUAAGAAGAUUAAGGUUUCUCUACAGUUAAUCUAAAAAGAUCACACACAUACAUUUAAAUUUUAUUAACCAAUUUUUCCAAUGUUUUUAUUUAAUUUAUAUUUUACUAAUUAUUUGUUACAUAAGAUACUGGUACUAUCACAGAUAACGCAAUUUCCGUUAGCGCUGUUAUGUUAAAAUAGUUACCAUUAUCAAAAUAUUUGUAUGUAAAUUAGUACAGAUUAUAUACCAUAUAAUUGUAUGGUUUAAAAUCAAGCUAUGCAUUGCCAAAGUUCGUAAAAUGUAUUAAGAAUAAUCGUUUAAAUAACGAUUGCAGAUUGUUUUUUGUCAGUUUAGUAACAUUCCACAAUAGUAAUUAAGUAAUCAAUUAUAUCAGAUGUAUAUUUCAUAUAAGUAUUUUUGAAAUUUAUGAUUUAGUAAGAUAUUUUGAUUAAAAUACAUUUAAUUAUUUUUACAGGAAAGAAAUGUAUUUGAAUGAUAUAUAAAUUUUACACUUGAUUUUUUAUAUCAAUACAACUUUGCAAAUAAAUAUCUUUCUAAAUAUAUUUUGUAGAUAAACUUUUAAUGUAUAUGUGAAAAGAAAUAUUAUAUGUUGUAUUAUGUAUUAUGUUGUACAAUAGGAUAUUUGUUAAAAUAUAUAUAUUUGUUGUAACAAAAGAUGUUUGUUUUGUAUAAUCAUGGAAAUAAAAACAAUUUCAAUAAGCUUUUAUAACAUAAAAAA